CAUAUAAUUCAUAAUCAAUCAUAUCCACUAGCACCCAAAACUGAAAACCAAACCAGAGAGCAAAGCAAAAUCCAACAACACAUACCAAAAAUGGCGUCCAAAUUGACGAUCACCACCACCAUCAUCCUGAUCUUGUUGUCUUCUCCGUCAUGGUCGCAGGCAUCAACGGUUACGGAGCCAGUUCCCACCCCAACACCCUGGCCCCACCAAUUCCACUCGAUUCUGGUGAUGCAGCUCAACGGGACUUACCAGAUAAUCGACCUCUGGUACGACUGGCCCAACGGCCGCAACUUCAACAUCAUACAGCACCAGCUCGGCAACGUCCUCUACGACCUCGAAUGGAACAACGGCACUUCCUUCUUCUAUACCCUCGACUCCUCCCGCCAGUGCUCCUCCGCCCAGCUCGAGUUCGGCAUUCUCCGCCCCAACUGGCUCGACGGCGCCAACUACCUCGGCCAGCGAAAUGUCGACGGUUUCCUCUGUAAUGUCUGGGAGAAGGUUGACUUCAUUUGGUACUACGAGGAUGUUCUCACUAAACGCCCUGUUCUUUGGGUCUUCUACACUGGGAGAGAGGCUCACGUGAUGACCUUUGAAGUGGGAGCAGUGCUUGAGGAUGAGAACUGGCAAGCCCCUGUUUACUGCUUUGAAUCUGAUGGUAAGAAAAGCGCAAGCCGUCCCCUUCUCCAGCCUCACCUUUCUUCCGCCAUCACCACAGAACGGACUUCUCAGAGAUUCUAGAGGCCGCCUUCUCAUGCCCCAAUCCCCUUCCUAUUUCCUACUGUUUCUCUAUCUCCUCUACCAAGUCUAACAAUGUUUGUCUCCUAUUUUGUGGACUUCAAUAAAGAUGGCAAUGGUAUUCUAGUUC